AUGGAGAUUGAACACAACUCUCCUUAUUUUCUUUCUUCUUCGGACAGACCAGGAAUGAUGCUUGUGUCUUGUCCUCUCACCGGCGACAAUUAUCCCAUGUGGCAAAGAGCAAUCAUCAAUGCCCUGAAAGCAAAGAACAAAUUAGUCUUUGUUGAUGGAUCUCUGCCAAAACCGGUAGCUGGUGCUGCGGAAUUCAGUACUUGGACCAAAUGCAAUGCAAUGGUCAUUGUGUGGAUCUUCAACUCCUUAGCAAAGGAAGUCUACAACAGUGUAGCAUUCGUCAACACAGCAACAGAAAUCUGGAAAGAAUUCCAGGAUCGUUUUUCACAAGGAAACAUUCCUCGGAUAUACGAAUUGAAGCGAAACUUGGCACUGUUGCGUCAAGACGAUCUCACUGUUAGUGCAUAUUUUACAAAACUUAAGACACUUUGA